AUGUGUUCUAGCAAGUUGUUUCUGAACUUGGUGUCACGGAUUCAGCUCAGCAAGAAGGCAAACACCUUGGCAGAGACUGCUGUUGCUGAAAUACAACAAGCAAACACAUUCCAAAAGGUUUCUUACAGCGUCCCACCACAGUCAGCUGCCAUUGAUAUGAUUAGAGGAGGCUACAUGAUUUUCCAAUCAAGAAUCUUCACCUUCAACAGAAUUAUGGAGGCAUUAAGAAAUCCUGAUGGCAAGAUGAUUGGAGUUUAUGGUAUGGGCGGCGUUGGCAAAACCAUGCUUGCUAAAGAAGUUGCUAGACAAUCUGUUGAGGAUGAGAAGUUAUUCAAAAAGGUAGUUAUGGUCACUGUAUCACAAACUCCAGACCUUCAAAAGAUUCAAAAAGCAAUUGCAGGUCAGCUAGGCCUAAAGUUUGAUGAUUCUGAGGAAGAUAAAUAUGUAAGAGCGAAAGGACUACAUCAGGGAUUGGGAGAAGAGAAGAUGUUACUAGUUCUGGAUGACAUCUGGGAGAAAUUGGCGUUGUAUGAAGUUGGGAUAGCUUUUGGGAAUGAUAAGAAUGAUUGUAGAAUUUUUCUCACCUCUAGAUCUCAAGAUGUGGUAUGUAAUGAUAUGGAUGCUGAUAUAAAUUUCUCUGUUAAAGAGUUACCCCUUGAUGAAGCAAAAGCUUUGUUUGACAAAAUAGUGGGUGUUCAAUCAACCAAAAGCCCAGAUAUACAAGCUUUGGUAAUUGAGAUUGUCAAAGAAUGCGUAGGCUUACCAAUUGCGAUCACGACAGUUGCAAGUGCUUUGAAAAAGAAAGCCUAUCCCAUCUGGAGUAAUGCCUUGCAAGAGCUACGAAGAUCUGCCCCAACUAACAUCAAAGGCAUGUAUAAAAAUGUGUAUUCCAGCAUAAAGUUGACUUAUGACUUUUUAGAAAGUAAUGAAGCAAAGUCAUUACUCUUGCUUUUUUGUUUAUUUCCUGAAAAUAUGGAAACAGAUAUCGAGGGCUCGCUCGGAUAUGCUAUGGGGCUGGAAUCAUUUCAAAGCAUCACGAGCUUAGAAAAGGCAAGAAACAGAGUAUUUGCACUGGUUGAUAAUCUCAAGGCUUCUUCUUUGUUGCUGAAUGUUGAUUGCAGGGACAAAGUCAGAAUGCAAGAUGUAAUUCGUGAUGUUGUUGUCUUCAUUGGAUCUGAAGAACACCAUAUGUAUAAUCUUAGAAAUGUUGAUGAGCUCGAAGACAAUAAGAAACGCAAAAGUGCAACUGCAAUUUCACUUUUGAGUGUCAAACAUGAUUCUCAUCCGCUUCCUGAAAGGUUAGAGUGUCCACAACUUGUGUUUUUCCUUAUGAUAAACCAAUUUUCUUGA